UCGAGCAAAUACAACAGUGUAAAAAACACAUUAUUUAAUUUCACUCUGUUCAAAAGCUAAUAUAUUUGGUAUUAAUUUAUUGUUAUAUAGGCAAUGGCUGGAAAAAGGCAAGCCACAUCAAGCCUCAAUCAUGAAAAUUGGGAUAAAGAAGAAGAACCUGAAGAACGUGGAACUUUUCGUAAAGCAUCUGAGGAUGAGUUAAAAAAUCGCGUUAUUAAGAAGGCGCGUAGAAAAGUUGCUACCGGCAAUGGUGCUACGGACACUACUGAUGAUGGUGCGCCAAAAAGUGUUUUCAGUGGUUUUGCAGGGUUUGGCAAGUCGACUAGCUCAUCACCAGCGGCAUCUCCAUUCUCAUUUCUAUCAAAAAUUUCGGCAACUCCCGGUGAUGGCUCUAACAAAUCAGCUUCUCCUGCAUCAUUUUCUUUUGGUGCAAGCACUGAACAAACUUUAACAGUAGAAAAGGAAGAUAAAACUGCAGGUGAAAAUGGUGGUUUGGCUAAAGAAAGUUCUAAGGAUGACUUAGGAAAAUCCGUUGAUUAUCAAAGUAAAAUAAAGAGCUUAAAUACGGCAGUAAGCGACUGGAUAAAGAAUCAUGUUGACAAAAAUCCGCUAUGCAUUCUUACUCCUAUUUUCAAGGACUACGAGAAAUAUAUAAGUGAGAUAGACGAAGAAGAAAAAAAAGCGAACCAAUCAAAAACCAAUAACAACUUGACAAAUGACAAAAAAGCAACAGAAUCAUCUUCAACUUUAGGAAAUUUUAAAUUUUCUGCAUCCCCCAAACCCAUCUCGACCAUUGCCUCAACAAGCUCCCCAAAAGCAAUGUUCUCUUUCGGUACAUCUGCAGCCUCAACAACCAAUACAAGUACGACAAGUAUUUUCACUAAUACAUCCAAGCCAAACAUCGAACCAACCAAAACUUCCUCAUUUAGUUUUGGUAUAAAGGCCACAGAAAGUAAAAAUAAUGAGGCUGAAGAAAAAACUUCUCCUGCUGCUAAGGGUUUUAGCUUCGGUUUUAAGGCAGAUAAUACUUUUUCACCACCUACGACAACUUCUUUUACGUUUGGCAAAUCGGCAGGAGCCAACGGCGAUUCAGCCGAAAAAAAGUCGGCCUCUACCAGUUUUACACCUGGAUCAACCAUAUUCAGCUUCGGUAAUAUAAAGCCACCAACUGAGCAAACACCUUCUACAUCCAAAGAUACUAACGGUGAUAACGACGAAGAAGAUCAACCCCCAAUUGUGGAAUUUAAGCAGGUCGUAGAAGAGGAUGCCAUAUAUUCUAAAAAAUGCAAAGUUUUCGUUAAAAAAGACGGUGCCUUUACUGACCGAGGCGUGGGCACACUGUACUUAAAGCCCGUAAAAGACUCUGAAAAGACUCAAUUACUAGUACGUGCUGACACUAACCUGGGUAAUAUUCUAGUGAAUCUAAUAUUAAGUGCAGGUAUUCCAACUCAACGUAUGGGGAAAAACAACGUGAUGAUGGUAUGCCUUCCUACACCAGAUGUAGAAAAGGCAACAUCGAUGCUACUACGUGUAAAAACCGCAGAAGAAGCUGAUGAAUUAUUGGCAGAACUAGAAAAACACAAGAAGUGAAAUGUAUAAUGCUUCUUUACUUUUAAAAUGUUAUAAAGAGUGGUUGUACUUUUCGAAAUUUUACCAUUAAAAAAUACUAGCGCACAAUGAAGGCAGUUGAAAUAAGAGCGUUUAAU